CAAACAGUCACUCCGCUGUCAUAAAUAACACAGAUUCAAUUUUCAAAAUAAUUAUUGAAAUGCUAAAAUGAUGUUGUUCGUAAUGACGAAAAAAUUUGUAUAUAUGAUUAUUAUCUGUUCAACAGCAAUUUAUUGCACAGAAUGUCCUGGUCAUGGUAAAUCAGAAACGAAAGAUUUCGGAACGCAAGCUUCAAACAUCGCCGUAAAGGCGGCUCAAGAAGCGAAAGCAGCUGAAGAUGCACAGCAGCAAGCGGGUUUCCAAGCAGCAAAACAAGUCAAACAACAACUGGCGGAGAAAGCAUCGGAAGCAGCAAAAGCGGCCGAAGCUGCCCUUUCAGGCAAAGAGGUAUUAGUCGAAGAAAUACAAGAAGAAGUGAAAGAAGCCGAAAUAGUUAUUAACGAAGAAACUGCUAGCUUGCAACAACUUCAACAAACCCACCAAACGGCCAGUAAAGCCGCGCAACAAUCUCAAGCUGAGUUAAAGCUCCUCCAAACGACUUUUCAGCUCGCUCAAGGGAACGCUGCCAAUUCUCAACAAACUUUAGAAGGUCUCAAUACACAAAUCAGUGAAAAAGAACAACUAUUGGAAGCUGCUAAAUUGAAGUUAGAUCAACUUAAUAAGCAAAGUCAAUCCGCGAAAACCGAUCUGGCUAAAACUAAAGAAGCAGCUAAAAAAGCGGAAACUGCUGCCGCGGAAGCUAAACAAAACGCGUCAAGAAAUAAAAGAAAAGUUAAAAGAAAUGCCUCGAAUCCAUAAAUUGACGUUUUUUUUUUGUGAUUUUAUAUAUUUUUAUAUGUUUUUCAUAAAUAUAUUUAAAUUGAAAACUG